AUGGAAGGAUUAGAAUUUCCAGACAUUGGGAAAGAUUCUGACUCAGAGACUGAAAAUGUUCAUCCAGUGAGUAGGUCGGAAGUGGACAGUAAACCAAAAACAGUUGAAAUUGAGCAAAUGCAAACAAAGGAACCCAUUGACAGAGUUAACAGUCAGACAGCUUCAAGAACAUCUGAAAGUGCAUUGACAUCAUCGGCAAAUAUGGACGUGUCAGACUAUGAGAUGUUAGACCAGUCUGAAGCUGAAGGAAUGACACCAACAGAUGAAACAGACAAUGUUGAUUCCCAAAGCGGACUGGGAUCAGUGACUAACUAUGUGGGAAAAUGGCUUGGCUACUGA